GCACAAAUAAAAACGGAGAAAGAUUGCACAUAUGCGGGAUUACCUGAGCUUCUCGCGAAAUGGCAGAAUCCUCGUGAUGCCGACGCUAUGACUCGAGUACAGUCAGUGUUGGAGCGUGGCGAAAAGCUGGAUGAUUUGGUUGCAGCAAGCGAAGGUCUCUCGAAUCAAAGUAAAUUAUUCUACACACAAGCAAGAAAAAUGAACAAGUGCUGUAGCUGGACGUGA